AUGGUUGAUACUUCCAAUUUCUACAAGCCUGAACUGGCAAUUUAUUACAACCCCAAGGUCGACCGCAGAGUGGCCAUUGUGACAGGUGGCAACUCGGGAAUUGGCUGGUAUACCGUGCUUCACUUGUACCUUCAUGGGUAUGUAGUGUACGUUGCAGGAAGAACCGAAUCCAAGGUCACCAAGGCCAUUGAGGACAUCGAGGCCGAGGCUCAUAAGCGUCGUGAAGCUUACAGUGAAGAGGAGAAAAGAGAAAGGUUUGUUGGUUCGUUGACUUAUAUCCACUUUGACUGUACGGACUUGAAGUCAGUUGUGGAUUGUGCGCAGAAGUUCAAGGCUCAAGAGCCCAAGUUGCACAUCCUUAUCAACAAUGCUGGAAUUAUGGCUGUGCCCUAUGAGGUGACCGGCGACGGAUAUGAGAUCCAAUACCAGGUGAAUUUUGUUGCUCCGUUCUUGUUCACAUCAGAAUUGUUGCCUGCUUUGGAACUGGCCACUGUUGAUCAGAAACCAAGAGUGGUAUGUCUUUCGUCCUUGGGACACAACACCGCCCACAAGUAUUUCCAUCCUUCGGACACCAUUAACAAGUUCCCGAACUUUUUCUUCACAUGGGUGAGAUAUGGAAAUGCCAAAGCUGCGGAGAUCGAGUUCACGACUAAGCUCGCUGAGGAGUAUCCUCAGUUCGAAGCAUUUUCCGUCCAUCCCGGUCUUAUCGUCGACACCGAGCUCGGAAAUUGGUGGAAGAAUUUGCCUGUGCUCGGAUACGCUUUCUCUGGACUCUUUAAAGUUACUGGAUCGUUGUUGGGCAUUACCCCUGACCAAGGAUCGUAUGCUUCACUCCGCGCUGCAUUGGAUCCAACCUUACUGGACAAAAGCGGUGCCUACUUGGACCAGGGCGGGCCCAUUGGAGUUCCAUCCAAGGUGGUGACCAACAGGGCCAAUAUUGAUGCCACAUGGACCGAGAACAUUAAACUUUUGAAGGAGAAGGGGUACACUGUUAACUUUUGA